AUUUUCUUAUUUAAAAAAGCUGGCCAUUGACAAAACAACAAUAAAACAUAAAAACUCCAUGACAACGUCACUGUUUGUUCGUUACGCGCCUCGUAGCCGAAUUCAGUCGUAAAUACAGAUUUUUUAUAUCUUUUGUAUAUUGUAAAAAAUAUUUAAACCCUUCUCGUCCUUCUACAUUUUAUAGGUAAGGUUUUCACAACGUUUAAGGCAACAAAGAACCAGUCAUUCCUAUAGUAUAGACCAAUCAUCAUCAAUCAGCCAAAAUGAUGAAAAUGCAAAUAGCCAAUGAGCAGGACCGAAAGGAGGCGCAGAACAGAGAGAGACGGCGGCAGUGUGAGCUAGAGAGAAGAUCGAGGAUCUUUAAUGCCAGGAACAGGAAGAUUGGGGUGGACCUUCCAUUCCUGGAGCGGCAGGUAGCAGAGAAGCGAGCUGAACGCGAUGAACAGCAACGACGUGACCAAGCGUUUGCUGCACAGAUGAUCAAGGACAGCAAUCUGGCUGCGGUGCUGGAGGCUAGGGAAGAGGAGGAGCGCCGUCGCAUUGGCUCCGAGAUUGACAACUACCGGCAGCUGUACCAGCGGCCGCAGGACCGCCGCGAGUUCGACCUCAACGACCCCGAUGUGCUCAAGAAGCAGUUACCACCGCGGGCCAGUGACGUCAUCGGCAUGUCCAGUGCUCAAAAAUUCGAGGGCGAAGAUCUGGAUUAUGAAGAGCGCAAGAAGAUCAUGGCCGUCCAGAAGAACUCGUGGUUGGAGCAGCAGGUCCAGGAGCGGAAGGCUGCUGAGGAGGAACGCAAGGCGGCGGAGGCUGCGUACAUGAUGGCAAUAAAGGCGCGAGACGCUCGAGCAAGCGAGUUGGACAAACUGGAGCGCGAGUGCCGCUACCGACUGGGGCAGGCCAACUUGAGAUACAACGAAGCUUUGGCGGCAGAGCGCAAGCAGCUGGAGCAAGUCUUGAAAGAGCAGGAAGAAGCGGACAACACGGCGGAGAUGUACAACAACUUGACAUCUGACAUGCUCACGGAGAACCCAGAUGUCGCUAAGAGCGCCCUCGGCAAGAACAGAGCUAUUGGUUUCAUGUACAAGGGCAUGAACCAAGAGGAGCUGAAGAAAUUUUAUGCGGCACAAAAAGAACAGAUGGCCGCUGCAAAGGCUAAGCGCGAAGCGGAUGACAAGAUGGAAGCGGAGUGGCAGGCGCUCGCCAAGUCCAUACAGCGCGAAGUGGCGCGGCAGGACAUCGCGGACCAGAGAAAACGCAAGGAAAUUGCCCGUCAACUAAUGGAAGAGAACCAGCUGUUGGCCAUGGCGCAGAAGGAGAAGGAGAAAUACUUCCGCGAAGUCGUCUACAACAACACGCCCACCGAUCUCUACUACUCGCAGUUCAAUACUACUACUAGAUAAAAUAUAUCGAUUCAGUAUUGAACGCAUAAAACCAGCACCUAGGAUAGUUCCUCUGCUCACUUCAGAUUAUUGGAACGUAUUUCUGUUCUAAAGUCCUAAGGAAGUUACUUUCAAGCCUAGCAAGUCAUACUUUAAGAUUUGUUUCUAUAGAAAACAGGUACCAUACAGAUUGCAUAGAAAUUAAUCCACCAUUAUGUUUUUUUUUUUUUUUGCAAAGUAAACAACAGUGCCUCAGUG